ACUUCUUCCUCCUUCUCCUGCUGCGACUCCUGCUGCUGCUCCUGCUCUGUCAGUUGGGCUGCUACGCUUCGCGGAGCUGAACUUGAGGUUGAGGUGGAGGUUGAGAUGAGAGAGCCGCACCAGCACACCACUGUACCUAUUUCGAUUCGCAGGAUUCCCAUCACGAGAGCUCGGCUGAGCUCAUCAGCUGAGGUGUGCCCGAGUUUAUAGUCUUGCCCGGAGGCAGAGCAUGUACACGACUGCUUUUCUUGUUUGGUUCUGGGAGGAACAAAGUUAAUCACGUUAGCUGAUUACAACAUUAUGAGGAAUCCGGGCAUCUAUCUGUGAGAAGGAAGGAGGGGAAGCUCGCGGGGGCCAGGGAGCAGCAGGCAAGGAAGUGGGAGAGACGAGGGAGAUAGGCGAGGAGGAGAAGGGAAGGCAGGGCAAGCCUAGCAAGGAGGCUGGCAGUAUAUGUCGAGGUGGAGUUUCGGGAGAUUUAGUUGUGUGUCACGCAGUAGGGAGCUGAGCUGAGCGAGCUUCUGGUGCUUGCUCGUGGGCGGCGUCCAGAAGCUUGAUACGUUCAUGCUCGGCGUGCGGGACGAACUCAUCAGAAGCCGACUCGAUGUGAUUCUUGUUAGUCGUUGCUCGAAGCGCGAGCUUUCCUGCGGUGUCCGCUUCUGUCGUCUCGCAGGGUGGUCUGGCGAGACUGCGGUGAAUCUCCUUCGAGCGGAGCACAUCGGUCGACUUUCCUCUUCUUUCCCUUCCGCGGCACUUCUCCCUGUUCGUGCUCUCGUGCAAAGAGAGUCGGUUGCAGUCGCUCGUGGCCUGGUCUGGCAUGCUAUGAGACCUUCGCCAUGCACGCAGGGUAACGACUCUCUGUUGCAUUACUAGAUCGAUCGACCUCGAGCUAAACUGACCUACGUUCCGGUCCGGAGUCGUCGAGGUCUUCAACGUGGUCGUCAGAUUGCCUGACUGACCGCGAAACAGAUGGUCUGGGAUAUUUGUUCCGGUUGCUAAUAGAGAGAUAGAAACAGCGAGGAUUUACAGCUUGCACUGAGGAAAGGGAUUUGGAGCAGCAGCUGCCGGAGAACUGAAAGAAGGAACGAAGGAAGGAUUGCAGUAAAAGUCCAGCCUCGAUGAAGUCUCCGAGGGCGCUAUUCUGGCUCGACACAGCGUCGUUGGUCCCAUUAGUGUCUAUCUUGAGUUUCAGUUUUUUCUUGGUGUGGCAAUGGUGCAGUGAACCACCAUUCAACCCCUCGUUUCCGAAUUUUCGUGAACGUGCCUACACGUUUCCCUUGGAUCAGGUGUCUGCUUUGACGACCAUAGCCUUGCCAAUUACUCAUACAGAUGCCAGCAGUCACCUGGUUUCCAACGCCGAUGAACCUCACACAAUCGACGAGGUUACCUACGAGGAAGAGGACAAAUGUUGCAAGUGUGCCAUUGACGAGAUGAACUGGGAAAAGUCGCAGCGAGCUGCGCCCUUGCUACACGGCUGGAACGACAAGGAAGUGAUCAGGCGAGCGGUGGAGCAAGAAACUGCCACCACGAAUCCGUACUCGGCCAAGGCGGAAUGCAUGCAAGCCGAUCCCGCAGUCUACAAUCCCACCCUCAAAAACCGUCGCAAAGGCAGCGGCCGCGUUCCCUGUAACCAUGUCUGCGGCAAAAGCUCGGGCGCGACGGCCAGGGUGAAGAUUGCGUACAUGUUUAUGAUCACCACCGCGCUGCCCUUCGAGGCGCUGUGGAACAAGUACUUCGAGGGCAAAGAAGGUCUGUACAAUAUUUACGUGCACGCCGAUCCCUUCAACGCGAACCUCUUCACGGACAAGUCCAGUGUCUUCUUCGGGCGAAUGAUUUCGAGCGGGAAGGCGGACAGGGGCAGCCCAUCGCUCGUGGUGGCCUCGCAGAGGCUGCUGGCCAAUGCCAUCCUGGAUGACCCGCUGAAUCAGUACUUCGCGCUCGUGUCCGGCAGCUGCGUUCCGAUCCGAAGCUUCGACUACGGGUACCAGAUGAUAACAGCGUCGCGACAGAGUUUCAUCGAGCAGAUCACGAACGAGACGGUGAUGGAGGAGAGGUACAGGGGGCGCGAAGGAGGGGCCGCAAUCAUGAUGCCGGAGAUACCGUUCGAGAAAUUCAGGAAGGGAGCGCAGUGGUACGUGUUCAUCCGGAAGCACGCGUUGAUCGUGCUCAAGGAUCAGUACGAGAACAAGUACUGGAACAAGUUCGAUCGCAAGUGCAUCAUCUACUUCUGCGGGACGGACGAGCACUACUACCACACUCUGAUCAACAUCGUGGACGCAGACGGCGCGAACGGCAAGUGCGUGACGUACGUCAACUGGCCGACGUGGGUUUCGGAGCACCCGCUGUUCUACCAACGCUACGAGAUCAACCAAGAGCUCAUUCGGGACUUGCAGAGCAAAGAUGGGGGCCAAUAUCUAUUCGCCCGGAAAUUCCAGGAGGAUACGGCCGACCUUCUGCUGGCCAUUUCUGACACCAUUUUGCAGUGACAGCCUAUGCGUGCAUUUGCUCUGGACGUGGAGGGCGAUUGUUAAAACCUCGAACGAAAUCAGGCGGUUAGAUGUAAAUAGAGUACCCUUCUUUCGUGGUACACGUCGCCUUUUGUGCCCGGGCAGGCUAUGCUGCCCAGAUGGGCAUGGGCGGGUCGGGAACAGGUAGGGCUUAUCACGGCUGCCAUACAUACGGAAAACCAAUCCAAAUCAUCAAAACCAACCGAGCGCAGCGGACGGGAGCCUGCUUUGAGAGAGAGAGAGAGAGAGAGAGAGAGAGAGAGAGAGAGAGAGAGAGCCCUGAUCGGGCAACAUUUCAUUCAUUCCAAUAUUUAGUACGUUGACAAGAGAGACGUGUAUCAAUUCUUCAAUUAAAGUUACGAUUGGAUCGAUGGGUCGACUGACUGAUGUGAUAUGAUGUACAGAACUUUCUUACCGAUUAGUGUGGAAAAGAAAACAGAUUUUAGCCUUUAGCUAGAGUAGCUAGCUCGUGUCACAAGCUGCAUAUAUAGCUUCGAUGGAUCUAUAAUAGCCACCGCUAAGGAGGUGGCCAUGAGGAUGAUGCCCAUUGAUUAUCUCUCUUAUAAUUGUCUAGUAUUCCGACCCUGUCUCCGAUUCGAGGACGACGUCAAACCUUCCUCGACUGUGACCUUUCUUCCUCUGUUCUCUUCCGCCCUGCCACUAACGAGCGUGUUUCCUUAGGAUCUCGCUCGUGGUUGUAGCAGCAGCGGCUCAUUCGUUGGAGGAGUGGAAGAGCUUACCUUUUCUAGAGCACUUAUUGAUUGAGCGUGUCAAGCAGGUGUGUGACUAGCACGGAAUGCGUGCACAAUAUGUACGAUGAACGAAGAGGAAGCAGAGAAAGAUAGUUGGCAUAGGGUGGAAGAAAAAUAUGAGGACGAGAUCUGGAGCCUGAGCGAGGUUCGUUGUUGAAGGAACGAAUCUGUGGGCAGAUGCUUCGGCUCGUAUGUGGAGUGAUACGAGGAGUGGCGCGCAUCUAACAGGAAGAUUUGUUUUUCACUAUAUGUUGUUGCGGAGGAUGUCAACAUAGUCAGCUCAAAUCCCUCAUUAGCAUUCUUUGGUCUCUGUAGCUCAUCUGAUAUCUGGUCAAUUGUAAGCAAGAUUACACCUUUGAAGGAGCCGUUGCCACUAGGGCCGAUCUGCAUUCAACGACCGAUCGAAGGAAAGGGUGUUGGUGUUACAAGAGACCAGAUCUUACCAUACCUACUUAAUACGAAUGUAUCUUAGAUUCUUUGAAUUGAACAAGUGGGGGCAGUAAGAGUAAACCUUUCG